AGUUUCCAACCAGUGAACGCGGGAACAACAAGCAUAUAGGCCGAUGGUCUUCGUUGGGGUCUCCAGGCUAUAGACAUGGAGAAGAAAUUACUUUCCCCCUCAUUUUUUCUCCUCGUGCUGACUACGAUGGAUAUGCUGAUGUUUGCAAAGGCAGUGAUGCAAUACAGAGCUCGGGUCUCCAAGGCCAAAUUGACCACAAGCGGCUUCAGGGUGGAGGAAGUCAGCGUCACCUCGCCCCUGAUGUGCGCGAUCCAGGCCAACAUGAGACCCUGGAGCAAACUGAUGUGCAUCAGCGAGACCGUCCCCAUCAGCUGCCUGUUCAGUGAAAUGAAACUCGCGGCCCUGUCGGACGAUAACUCGACCGAUACUGUCACCUGCAUGACCUCCUUCACUCCAUCAGCCUGUGUUCUGAACACCACCGUGGCCUACAAUCCUGGGGAAAUCUUCAUCAAUGGCUGCGACCCCAAAAUUUGCCAAGAUGCACAAAUUAAACCUUAUGACUUAGGUAAUAUCGAAGGGAGGACUUGCACCGCCCCCUUCCUCAACAUCCCCUACGUCGGCUGCCUCUAUCUGGACUUCACCCAGAGGUCUUGGUGUCAGGCCCAGUCGAUAUGCGCCAACAUGGAAGCCAGGCUGAUCGUACCGGCAGACUUCACUGAGAUGCAGAUAUACUUGCUGGCUGUUGCUCUCUUCCAGGACGUGUGGGUCGGUGUGAGGUCCCGUGCAUGGCUGAACGGCAAUCCGGUCACCAGUAGCCAGUGGUGGCCUGGCUACCCGAGCGGCGCAGCAACUGACUGCGGUAAGAUGACCUUUGGCUUCAGCGGUUUGUUGCCCACCUACAAAGUCAAAGAUGAAUCCUGCUACACCCCACAUGCAGUUGCCUGUUAUCGCCCAAAUGCCCCUGUUUGUCAGCUGUCUUUACUCCAGUGCGCAGCCCUGAUGCUGGGAUGAAGCGGGUCGAGAAUUUAGGAGGUCUGGUGUCUUGGAGGCUCAUGGUGAUAGACUUGAGCAUUCAUCUACAAAGAGCUCGGAAAGGUCUUUGAGUAGAUCUAUGGAUAUGAGAAUUUGAGAUUGUAUUGGUAUAUUAUUGUGCAUAAAGAUCUU